GCAGCCAUUAGCGCCAGUAGGUCACGUGACCGGAGUUUGUUCCGCCAUAACGUGUAGCCGCAGCAGUGUAGGAGCGGUGCUCCAUCUGUCCCUUCAAUUUCAGCCGUGGGCAAAAGGUUUACUGAUACAACGCUCUACCUCCGAUUUGCAUUUUGAGGAACAGCCAGCCAGGCUUUACAGAUACAGAGAGGGGGGAUGUCGCACGACAUGGAAGAAGAGGGAAAUGGUAAACCAUCUGAUUUGACCGCAGCAGAAGAGAAGGAGGAUGAUUGUGCGAUUAAAUGGACCCAGGAGGAGGAUGAAAAUCUCAAAAUUCUGGUUAGCAGCUUUGGGAGAAAAGACUGGAGGACAAUUGCUAGUUUUUUACCAGGACGAACAGAAAUACAGUGUAUGGUUCGCUGGAAAAAACACCUGUGUCCUGAAAUGGUCAAAGGACCGUGGUCCAAAGAAGAAGAUGACAUGCUGGUGGAGCUGGUGGCAAAGUUGGGCACCAAAAACUGGACCGCAAUCGCUAGGAACCUACAGGGUAGGAUGGGAAAGCAGUGUCGUGAACGCUGGUUUAACCACCUUGACCCAGUUCUGAAGAAAACUUCCUGGAGUGAUGAAGAAGACCUCAUUAUCUACAAAGCCCACUGCAUUCUUGGUAAUCGGUGGUCUGAGAUUUCUAAGCUGCUUCCUGGAAGAUCGGACAACUCUGUGAAGAAUCACUACAACAGCACGAUCAAACGCAAAGCAGAGAUGGGCGCGUUCAAAGACGUAAUAGAUGCGGUUUCCAUCAAAAUUCAAACUUUUAUGGAAGAAGAGGUGGACUUCAGGUGCGAUGUUGUAAUAGAUGCAGAUCCAGUGAAUCCUGAACUUAUGAAGGCGGAGAAAGCAAGGCACACCAAGGAGAGUGAAAAAGGAAAAAAGAAGGCUUCUCAAACUCAACAAAACUCAGCCUCCAGAAAAGAUAUGUCCUCCCCUUGUCCUUCUUUGCCCCACAGUUCAGGUUCCAGUCCAAACUCUGUUGUUGCAUCAGCUACUCAGGAGGACCAGAAAAGGUUUGCGGAAGCAGCGUUGAGAAUGAUCGCUGAAGACAUGCUGCCACUCUGUUUUGUUGAAGGCACUGGCUUCAGGUCGUUUAUGAGUACCAUCAGCCCCGAGUACAACAAGCUGUCCCAGCGGAUCAUUGGCCUUCUGCUUUAUGAGGAAGUGGAAAGAACCAUCAAACCUCAGCUCAUCCGUGAACUCAAACAGUCCCUUGCCAAAACCACCGAUGGUAAAAGUUUAAUCCACGUCACUUGUGACCUGUGGGUAGGAGAUUCCUCCAAACAAGCAGACAGUCCCAUCCUUGUCGUGCAGCUCCACUACUUCAACGAUUCCUGGCAGCUCCGUCGCCCUAUCGUGGCCUUUCGUCACCUCAGCCACAACAAACUGAGUGCCGCUGUAGCCAAAGAGGUCGAAGGCGUGCUGCUGAGCUACGGCAUCUUCCCUCGUAGCAUCGGGUAUGUCUUCGCCAACCAGGCCAAAGAGCUCCUAUCUGGAAACAGCUUGUUCUGUGACUACAAGAUCGUGUGCUCGUCGAACCGGGGAGAGCCAGAUGGAGAUGAAAUCUUGACUUUUUUGUCAGACCAGAUGUUUGAAACGGAGCUGCCGUUUUCAAAACUGCAGACCGGGACAAGAGGCAUGUGUAUUGUCAAAAUGUUGCAGACUGUGAUCAAGGAUGCUCUGAAAAAUUCCCGCGUAGUUGAGAACCUGCUCUCACAAGCCCACAAUGUUGUGGCUUUCUUUAGGAGCUGUGCCUACUGGAGUGAGGCUCUGUUGAAGGAGUGCAACGUGUCUCUGUGCCCUUCCUCCAGCAACUGUCGCUGGAACUCCCUGAUGCUGUCUUUACGUCGUAUGGUGCACGAGAACACCUGGAGCACUGUCAUGACGCUCCUGGCUCAGGCUCGCAUAGAAGCCACAGACUCAACCAGUGCUCCUCCACUGGUCAUGGUUAAGAGGGAGCAGGUGGUUGACAUUCUGGGUCUCUUCGGGCCUUUUGAGGAGGCUUUGCAGGUCCUCCAAGGUAAUGGUUUGACCAUCUCUCUUAUCAUUCCCACACUCUUCAACCUUGAUAAGAACCUGGAGAACUGUACCACUAACUACAUCCACUUCUGCAAGGCCCUGCGGACAGGCCUACACACACAUUUCCAGUCUCUGAUUUACCAGACAGACAUCCUACUUGCUACAAUACUCGAUCCCAGGCUCAAAUUGAAGCCAUUUCCUGCUACCAAGCUGGAAUCUCAAGAUUUCCUAACACUUCCCUCAAGAUGGGAGGUUCACAGAAUCUUAUCAGCGUUAUUAAAUGGCAAGAAAACCACGACAAGCAGUGAGCAGACAGAGCAACAGAAUGAGGAAAAGGAAAGUCCACCCAAAGAAACUGGCAGCUCAGAUGACCUCAGUGAUGAUGUCAACAAAAACAACUUAAAGCGCAAGUCCAUCUUCAGCUUCGGCCAGCCUCCUGCAAAGACCAAGUGUUCAGAGUUGGAUCUGUACCUGUCUGAACCAGUGCUGGAAAAUGGAUCCAGUCUGUUUUACUGGAAAGCUGCCUAUCGUUUCCCCCAACUGCAAGACGUGGCCAUGAAGCUGCUGGCCGCGCCCGCUUCCUCCGGGGGGUUUGACCGCCUUUACCCGAUGGCAACGUGUAUCGUAAAAGCCAAGAGGAAUCAUCUCCUUCCUCACACCACAGAGAGACUGCUUCUGUACAAAAACUCUGCUAAAGUUCAACCUGUUAACAAAGUCAAUGGAGCUCCUAAACAGUGAAAGGCCAAGUGACACUUCAGUCAGGCUUUCAUGUAAAUUCAACACACAGACAUACUCGUUACGUUAAACAUAAGCUCUAAAGGUAAACCGUGCUUUACUAGUUACUGUAGUUAUUUUGUAAUAAAAUAAAGCAAAAUUCCAUUAACUGUGUUUGUAAAGGAGUUUUUAUUUUUUGCACAUUGUUGUCAUAUUAUUUGAAUUGUGUCUUAAGAUGGAUUAGAUCAUAGCCCCAGUUUGAAUUUUAUUUUUUAUAUUUUUUUAUUGGUUGUAGUUCAGACUAAAAUGUAUGUACCUCCCAAACAAGGCAGAAAGAGUUCAAAAUGUUUAUAAUUGUUAGAGAAAUCAAGAAAGCCUAAAUAGUUUAACUGUACGCCUGUACCUGUAGUCUUUAAAAUAAAUGAAAAGGUUCUGAUUGAAAUAAAAAUGAAAUUAUGCUCCACGUCUCCACAUAUCAAAAAGGAAAAUUUAUAACAAACAGCAGGUGUUUACGGUUUUUUUGUAAGUGCAUACUCCAACGUGAAGAUGUUCAAUUACCUCAUGUUCUAGUAAAACUUUAUCAAUAAUGUGCACACUUUUGAAUACUGUAUUUUUCUAUGUUCAAUAAACUGUUAGUUAAACACUAUGCACUAUGCAGAGGACUGAAUGAAUUCUUAUUAGCAUUUCGUUGGGCAGUGUGUAAAUCAUAGAAAUUGUAUAAGCAUUUCUUUUUUUUUGUCUGGUGGUUUGAAGGUGCUGAUGGUAGGUUUUUAUAUUGACAAAUUUUUGUUGUGUUAUGAAAAAACAUGAAGUUUUGUCUUGUUCAGAAAACGUACAUUCGUGAAAUAAAGAUGUUAUAAAGUA